CCAGAGGAGCUGUGCUGGCAGCGGGGAGGCGGCGGCGGCGGCGCCCAGCUCCCGGCCCGCCAUGGCGAUCCGCAAGAAGAGCAACAAGAACCCGCCGGUGCUGAGCCACGAGUUCAUCGUGCAGAACCAUGCGGACAUCGUGUCCUGCAUGGCCAUGAUCUUCCUGCUGGGGCUCAUGUUCGAGAUUACAGCAAAAGCAGCCGUCAUUUUUGUUACACUUCAGUAUAAUGUUACCAUUCCUGCCACAGAAGAACAAUCUGCAGAAACAAUCUCUCUCUAUUACUAUGGCAUCAAAGACUUGGCUACAAUUUUCUUUUACAUGCUUGUAGCAAUAAUCAUACAUGCUAUAAUUCAGGAGUAUGUACUGGAUAAAAUUAACAGGAAAAUGCACUUUUCAAAAACAAAGCAUAGCAAGUUCAAUGAGUCUGGGCAACUUAGUGCAUUCUACCUUUUCUCCUGUGUUUGGGGAACGAGUAUUCUUGUCUCUGAGAACUAUAUAUCAGAUCCCACCUCUCUGUGGAGGGACUAUCCGCACACUCUGAUUCCGUUUCAAAUGAAGUUUUUCUACAUCUUACAGUUAGCAUACUGGUUUCAUGCUUUUCCUGAACUGUACUUUCAGAAAACAAAAAAAGAAGAUAUCUUUCGCCAGAUUGUCUACAUUGGACUUUACCUCUUUCAUAUUGCUGGAGCCUAUCUCCUGAAUCUGACCCACCUUGGACUUGUUCUUCUGGUAUUGCAUUACUUCGUUGAAUUUCUUUUCCACAUAUCCCGUCUUUUCUACUUCAGUGAUGAAAAAUACCAGAAAGGAUUUUCACUGUGGGCAGUUCUUUUUGUUUUGGGAAGGCUUCUCACCUUGAUUCUCUCAGUCCUCACAUUUGGCUUUGGACUGGCAAGAGCAGAAGAUCAGCAGCUGAAUUUCAGUACUGGGAACUUUAAUAUCCUGGCUGUUAGAAUCAGUGUGCUGGCCUCCAUCUGCAUGACCCAAGCAUUUAUGAUGUGGAAGUUCAUUAAUUUCCAGCUUCGGAGGUGGAGAGAGCAUUCUUCUUCUCAGCCUCAGUCAGUGAAAAAGAAGUUUGUAUCAGCUAAAGGAAAGACCUCCAGAAAAGAAAGAGAAAAUGGAAUAAAUGGAACAGUGACCUCAAAUGGAGCAGACUCGCCUCGCAGCAGGAAGGAUAAAUCCUCGUAAAACUGGGUUUUCUUAAGUUAAUUGACUAAUGUCCCCAAAGAAUCUGCUUUUUACAUGGAUGGCCCUUCAGCACUAGAGAUAUUAUGGAUUAAAGAAAAUACAAUUCAUGUUUUUUGAUUAUUGCUGUUGUUUUGAGAAACUUUUUUUAAAAAACCAUUUUGACUAAGGAAAAAGGUUUAUCUCUCUUCAAAUAUUUGGGGGGAGGAUUCAACACUUUUUAAAACACAUUGACACUUUUUUAAAUAUUUACUGUGAUGAAAUAACUUAAUGAGGAUCACUGUUGCAGUGUAUUAUUUCCUUCCAGUUUUUGUAAUCUUGGUGAUACUGUUCUACCAACUUCACUUUUUCCAAGUUCCUCAAGAAGUAUUGCAAAAUUGAAGUAAAAACAUAGUAUGCAUAUUCAGAUACUCUGGGUUUUCAGUUAGUUACCUUGACUCAAAUUUACAUUUCAAUUUGGGAUUCCAAGACCACACCAAUAGACCUCUUUAUUUGGUAGUUACUAUAGCUGCACAAUGUCUGCUCUAAGAAUUGCCCCGUAUCAUUAAAACAAAACUGAACUAAUUGGAAAAGUUGCAGAGUCUUAUUGUUUGUUGGUUAGAAAUCUCUUACGAGGAGCACAACACUUUUUUGAGGUAUAGCUUUUAGCACCUGAAAAUUAGAAGGGAGUGUGUAUGGUGAUAGAAAGAGUUGCUUUGAGUAGCACUGUCCACUUCUGUCUGUGCUUUUGAAGUGUAUGUAUCUUGGAGAAUUAGUGUGCAUUGGGCCUUCUUUGAAAACUUGUCUGUCUGAUUUUACAGGUGGAGGUUAUUACAAUAUGUUGUGUUUGUUCUGGGAGGCAAUCAGUGCUCCAUGAAGAGGGAAUUAGAUAAAUGGAUCAAGUGAUGAGAAACAUUCCUUUAUUCUAACUGCUUUGCUUUGUUUCACCUCUGUUAGGAAAUAGUUUGAUUUCUCCUAUAUAUAUUUUUAUGAAAAAAAUAUUUAAAAGCUACAGCUUCUUAAAACUGAUUUAUUGUGACCUCUGCUACAACUGGAAAAAUCUAAAUUUAAGAAUUUUUCCAUUAUCUUUCAUAAUUGUAUUCAAUGUGAAACCUUGUCCAGUUAGUUUUCCAGUUUAAUAUGCAGAUAAUGUUUCCUCUGUACACUUUUGUAAUGGGUAUAAUUCAACCUAUUUCACUUGAGAAUGAGUGAGACAGUUAUUGCAGUCUUAAGAAGAAGUUGCUGAAUUAGUCUAUCAAGUUAACCCAAGUAUUGAACUGCUUUUUGAUUAAGGAAUAAUUAUGAACAAUCAAGCUGAUAAAUAAAAUAAUUUUAAUUAAAAACUGUCAUUAUAAUGGAGUUUAUACCCAACAAAAUGAUAAAUCUGCAUUCUGUAUUUUCUACAGUUCAAUUGCUUACUAUUCAGAAUAAACAUUUCUAGUACAAAAUUCUCACUACAAGAAACUAUCCAUUCUUCAGUUGUUUAGUGCUGUUCAGAGUUAUUACAGUAUAAUUUAUUACAUGUUUCAGCUGGUUACAGACACAAUUCCCAAGUAUGUGGUUCACAGCUCCUGAAGUGGACUUGGCAGACUUGUACUUGCUUAGCUUGAGGACUCUGGGGUAGUGUGCCCUCUAGUAUGCCCAGUCUGCUUCAGUAGAAGUAGGUAUCCCAUGUCCUGUGACAUCCCAUGUAGAACUGUGAAUCUGUCCAACCUGACCACAAAAGUGGAAAACUGGAACUCGGAACUUCUGAGAGAAACGUAUACAUUAUAUACUUGUUGUUCAAAAUCAUGUUUUGUGUCUGAUGUUUCUAGAAAAAACCUUCAAAGAUUCUGUGUGCCUUGCUCUCAACUUGUACCUUAAGCCAAAGGGGGUACAUUUUAAGUGUCUAGUCUGGUGCUUGGGCUCUAAAUCAGUUUGCUUGUGGUAUCUGCUUGUACUGGGGCUGAAAGAACCAUAAAGGGUGGAGGAACAAAUUACGAAGCGGUCAUUUAAGGUACUUCUUGAGAUCUUCAAGACUUAUAGGAGUCUGAGGGUUGUAAUAGUUGUUUCCCUAAGGCAAGGCAAACUAUCUCUUGUAAACCUCAUUCUUUGAUGCAGUAGUCUUGAAAUGACUUCAGGUUAAUUUCCAAAAACUUCAGAAAAAUAUAUUCUUGACUGUUAUUACUGACAUUGCUUUUUGUCUCCUUUUGGCCUUAUGGAUGGACAUUCUUGUCCUUUGGACAUUUACAAAAGCACUUUUGUUUCCACAAUGGCUUAAUAUUCAUCAUUGCCUUAUAGGAGUUGUUGGUAUCUAUUACCAAGUAAUAGAAAGUAACAACAGUUGUUCUAGAAUUUUGUUAGAGCGUUGGAAGCCAGUAUUUUCUGUCUCUUCUCUCAUAACUAAAAAUGCAUAUUUAUCAUGUUUGAUAAAUAUGAGGCAAUACCAGUAAUUUUUAAUUAUCUGCCUUGGGAUGGAAACACUCAUAAACUUAGAAGAUAUUUAAUUUCUAGUUUGAUAUUAUUUGUUUUAGUGUUAGAGUAUUGUUUGGCUGGAUAACUUCUUUUGAAUUGCUUAAAAUUGAUUUUCAAAUGUUAUUGCAGUUUUGGCUCUUUGCUUGUAAUCUGAGUUUCAGUAAGAUGGAAGAAGAUUAGUUGUCUAAUCAUGUUUUCUUUAAUUAUGGCAUCAAGAAAAUUAGAAAUGGAAAUGACUGAGGAGUUCAUUAUUAUAUCCUACUCCAAAUAAAAUAGGCAGUAGUUAAUUUAUCCUCAUCAAUUACGAGGUCCCACAAAGAGAAAGCUUUGUCCAUUUAGAUGGAUUUGAAUUGAAUAAUUAGACAGUGGAGAGAGUUUGUUUGGUUUGUUUCUUUUUCUUAAACCUCCUUCUCUUUGCCUCAUCUUGUCAAAACUUUUCAAGAUUUAACAACAGAUGAUUUCAAGCCUUUUUUGAGCCCCAAAUGUAGGUUUGGUGCCAGAAUAUUCUCUCAAAACCAGUAUUUUACUUUUAAAGUGGUUAUAUUUAAUUUCAAAGUACAAACAAGGAAUGCAGAGCAGCUGAAAUUAAUUUUCAGAGUUUUAGUUUUCAUCUGGACACUUUCUCCUUGACUGGUUGCAAAGACUGAUUUCUUCUGUGUGAAUCAUUCAUGAAUGUGAAAAUACUCUUUGGAAAUUCUGUUUUUCUGGUGAUCCCAUGCCCACACUUAGGAAUGGUGAAGGAAUCUGCUGAGCAGAGAAAAUGCAUAGGCUAUUUCCUCUAAGUUUAGGUUAUGCUGAAGGUAAUUAUGUAUGUUGGGAUAAUGCAUUUAGAAAAUCAGCAGUUAUUUGUAAGUGUUUGGUAUUUUUUCUAAAUACUCUUUUUCUUUGAAAAUUUUAGUUGUGUUUAUGGACUUAAAGUACACAGAAUCGUAAUAAGCAGUGUGGUCCUCUCUCUGGUAUAGGUAAUUGGACUUCUGUAAAAAGGGUCAAUACACAUCUGCAGUCCUUUGUUUUUUGAACAUUUCUGACUGACUGCACCUGAGUUGAUUUUGCUGGGGGCAAAACUUGCUAUGAAAGGGAAGGGAGGAUUUCCAUAGCCAUGCUAGCCUGAAAGUAAUGUGGGUUGCUGCCAGAAUGGUUGCUCUAUCCCUUGCCUUAGCUAGCACCAGCCUUUCUGGUUGCAUGGUGAGCUAGACCAGGGAGCUGGUGCACCUGAAAACAAGGAUGUUUGGGUUUUUUCCAUUGGGUUAGUUGCCUGAUAGCAACCCCAGAGUUUUACAAGUAAUUAUGUGUAAGCAAGAAGAAAAGUUGCAGGGAAAGAACAAUCAGGUUCUAAGGCUGCUGCCUCUUUCAACAGCAUGUUGCUUAAAAAUUACCCUAGAUUACAGUGUGGGAGAUCUUUAAAGGCUUCCAGUCACCAGUACCAGAAGGGACCUGGCCUCUCUGGUAGUUCCUACAUGCCAAAUCUAUGAAGUAUUAAUGGAUUUUUUUCAGAUCUUGUGGGAGAAGGGGAAAUACUCAUUGUGAUUUACUGUACUGAGAUACCUCUUAUCUGUCAUCAGGGUUUCCAAGCAGUGCAAAGAGGAUCCUGGCAGUGUAGAAAUAGGGAUUUUGAAAAUGUAGAUUGUCCUGGAUCAAACAAAUAACAUUGCUUUCCUUAACAGCCAGGAAAUUAUGGGGUUUUUUGCUUUUUUGGUGUGAGAUUUUUUUUUUUUCUACAUCAACCCUUUAUGUACUGGAAGAGGUCUUCCAGAGAGCUUCACAAGAAUUGCACUGUAUGUGAGUCUUGGUACAUGGAGGGGAGGAUUGUUUGGUUUCUCUUAUUUUGUUUUCCUGUUUUCAGGAAGUUCACCAGCUGAUUCCUAGGUCAUACUUGGGUUUGGUUCCAUUUGUGACUCAGCCCUGUGGGCCUGUGUUGUAAAUGUUGGAGAUUGGCAGUUUCAAUAGGCUCCCUGUGCAGUGGUGAUCAUUGCUGUCCUAAUUGUUCUGUCUGGAAAAUGUCAGUAUUGAAGGGACUUGAACACAAAGUAGAGACAGUGGUGAUGUUUGUAACGUUUACAGGCUGGUGGGAGCCUGCAUACAGAGAUGGUAUCUGGAGGGGGGGCUGUGGUGUAAUGCCUGAAUCUGGUUAUGCAAAUACUUAGGUUAUUUCUGGUGCAGGGUAUAAGAAUGUCCUACAAAAUGAAAGCUUGGGGAAUAUUUAGAAAAUCCUUUAAAAAGAAAAAUGCUUCAAAGGACUGACGUCAGUUAUCAUCUGCUCAUCAUAUUUGAAUUUCUUACAUUGUGAGCUGUGGAUUAUCUUUAGAGCACUGGAUUAGCCUAUGUUCGUUGGUGGGGUUAUUUUAUAUACUGUAAGUUGUUGUUGUGGAUGUCUGGUGAGUAUGGCCUCUUCACACUGCUCCCUGAACUGUUCAGUUUUGGAUCUGAUAACCCUAAAUCUGUACACAAUAAGGAAUUUUGUGUGUUCUUCAGGAUCAGUGCUGGAGUGUUUUUGGAUCAGACGUGCAAAAGAAACAUGCACAUCCAUAUGUUGAGUGUCAUCAGAACCUUCUUAAUGGGAACUGAAACUCUUUAGGAUGAAUAAAAUGCAAUACAACUUGGAUAUAGCUCACAUCCACAUAACAAGUGCUGUUGUGGGUGACAUGGGACUGCUGUUGGCAUCUGCCCCUGUCCAUUCCCUUUGAUGAUCAAUGGGUGAGGAGUGCUGGGCUGCAGCAGCAGUAGGUUGACUGUUUUCUGCCUUUUAGAGAAGCUCUUUUGAUGUUGCCAAUUCAAAAGGCAACAACUUUUAUUUCUGGUUUAAAAAAAAAAAGCGUACGGCCUAGUUUUGAAUCCAAUACACUUGCUCUUGAUCUCUUUCUAUGUGUCCUGUCACUUUUAUUUUAGGUUUCUGCAGAUACUUUAGUUUUAUCCAGCUCAAGGAUGGCAAGUCUAUGAUGUGAGUGCCAGAAAUGACAACUCCUUUUUCUUCUUUUGUGUUUGAAACUUCUUGCAGAAUCAGAGCAGCUAAAAUGUAGCUUUAUAGUUCAAUAGCAUUUCAGUAUUCAUUCUUUGUCCAUAUUUAUUGUGGUUAACAUUAAAGGUCAGGCAUUAUCGUUCAGCACAACACAGUUGUUACUUCUUCAUGCCACACACAAGAGCAUUAGGCAAUAUGAUAUACUGAACUGAAAAAAAAAUGUUGGUCAGUCUGGUUUAACAGAAGUUGAUAUUCCUGGAUGGUUUUGCUUUGCAUACUGCAGUUCACUGUCACUGCCUUUCUCAUUUAGGAAACUGGGCACCUAAGAUCUCCAAAUCUCUAGACUGUAGUUUUGCUGCAUACGACAUGAAAAAUUAUGGUCUAGAGCUUUGUGUCUCCUUAUAUUUGCUUUUAAAUGUUGAAGACUGUAUCUUGCAUUGUAAUCAACAGAUAAAUAUUCAGCCCAUGGUAAUAAGAAUACUGUAACAGGGUAGGAAUUUCAACUCUUGAACUCCAGACUAGAAACCAAGCCAAAACUUAACUCAUGUUCUCACGCAGGUGAUUCCUCCUCUUUGUUUCUUGAUUAAUCAUUCUCUUUGUUUUGUUUAUGUAGAUUGUAAGUUCUUGUGGCAAAGGUUGUCUUUCGUGCGUGUGUGUGCGUGCGCGUGUGUACCCAGGACAAUGAGGUCUGGAGCCCCAGUCUGUGGAAGCUGUAAUAAGCAAUCACCUUGAUAUUGUUUUCCUGGAUAUCAUAAUAAAGAAUAUCGAAUUAAAA